GCCGAGGCGAGCGCGGCGCGGACCGAGGGGUGGGCGGCGCAGGCAAGCCGGGCUCCUCGCGGGCAAUAGGUGGUUGCCGGCUGGGCUGAGUCAGGAAAGGGCGGUCGGGCUUCCCUAGGGAGGGGAGAGCGAGAGCCCGCGGGGCCAGGCAGCGACCGAGGAGCGCGGCCACUCAUCCGGCGUACCGGAGCCCGCACCCGCCGCCCGGUCCUCUGGGAUGUCCGAGGGACCCAGGCUUCCAGGACGGUGACCGAGCGAGCCGGAGGAUGGGACGGCCCCCGCAGCUCCGGCUAGUCAAGGCCCUUCUCUUCCUGGGGCUGAACCCCAUCUCCGCCUCCCUCCAGGACCAGCAGUGUGAGGGCCUGUCCCUGGCCAGCAACAUCUCCGGACUGCAGUGCAAUGCAUCCGUGGACCUCAUUGGCACCUGCUGGCCCCAGAGCCCCGCAGGGCAGCUGGUGGUUCGGCCCUGCCCAGCCUAUUUCUAUGGCGUCCGAUACAACACCACAAACAACGGCUACCGGGAGUGCCUGGCCAACGGCAGCUGGGCGGCCCGCGUGAACUACUCCGAGUGCCAGGAGAUCCUCAGUGAGGAGAAGAAGAGCAAGGUGCACUACCAUGUUGCUGUCAUCAUCAACUACCUGGGCCACUGUGUCUCCCUGGUGGCCCUCCUGGUGGCCUUUGUCCUCUUUCUGAGGCUCAGGAGCAUCCGGUGCCUCAGAAACAUCAUCCACUGGAACCUCAUCUCGGCCUUCAUCCUGCGCAAUGCCACGUGGUUUGUGGUCCAGCUCACCAUGAGCCCCGAAGUCCACCAGAGCAACGUGGGCUGGUGCAGGUUGGUGACAGCCGCCUACAACUACUUCCAUGUGACCAACUUCUUCUGGAUGUUUGGGGAGGGCUGCUACCUGCACACGGCCAUCGUGCUCACGUACUCCACUGACCGGCUGCGCAAGUGGAUGUUCAUCUGCAUCGGCUGGGGUGUGCCUUUCCCCAUCAUCGUGGCCUGGGCCAUUGGGAAGCUGUACUACGACAACGAGAAGUGCUGGUUUGGCAAAAGGCCUGGGGUUUAUACCGACUACAUCUAUCAGGGCCCCAUGAUCUUGGUCCUGCUGAUCAAUUUCAUCUUCCUCUUCAACAUCGUCCGCAUCCUCAUGACCAAACUUCGGGCGUCCACCACGUCUGAGACCAUUCAGUACAGGAAGGCUGUGAAGGCCACUCUGGUGCUGCUUCCCCUCCUGGGCAUCACGUACAUGCUGUUCUUCGUGAACCCCGGGGAGGAUGAGGUCUCCCGGGUUGUCUUCAUCUACUUCAACUCCUUCCUGGAGUCCUUCCAGGGUUUCUUCGUGUCUGUGUUCUACUGUUUCCUCAACAGCGAGGUCCGCUCUGCCAUCCGGAAAAGGUGGCACCGCUGGCAGGACAAGCACUCCAUCCGUGCCCGUGUGGCCCGGGCCAUGUCCAUCCCCACCUCCCCCACCCGGGUCAGCUUUCACAGCAUCAAGCAGUCCACGGCCGUCUGAGCCGGAGGGCCAUGGGACGGCCCCGAGCUCUCCAGUGGGGAAGAGGGUGGCCAGGCUCAGCCGGCGGCCAUGUCUGUGGAGGGGACCAGCUCCUGCCCACUCUGCACCUUCAGGGGCACUGGCAUUGAGACCUGGGAGCCUCCUCCCUGACCCCAGCUGAGCGGGAGUUCCAGCCUGUGAGACCAGCCACACUCUGGGCCACAGGACAGAUGGAAAGUAACCUAUGAGGCUGGGCCCACGGCCUCUGGCUGCCCCACACCCCAGUCCUCCCUGGCAAAUGGAGUGGGAACGGGAAGCCAGGAAAUCCAAAGCAACACAUGGGUCCCUCCAUGGGGUGUCUUCUCCCAGAGCACAAGGUGGCCAGCACACUGGAGACCUGGGGCUUCCUCCGCAACUGUGGGGGCCAUUCACUGCCCCAGGGGCAUCGUGGGGAACCCCUGCGACAGCACCCCGACCACCGCCAUGAUGCCUCUAGCCCCCGAGAUGCUUUCUAACAACACCAGGAACCAGGGCCACCUUGUCAGAGACCUGGACACAUCACAAGCCGGUGGCAUCACCAGACAGCAGGCUAUGUCACCAGAGACCCUCCCGAGCCACCAGAACUCCCUCUGGCCCUGUGGCGCUGCCACCAGAGAUGCCCUGCCUCGCUGCACUGCACCCUCGGACCUUCACUGCCCCGCCGGGCGCGCGGGCGCCCCUCCCUACCCUGCCCCAGGUGCCUCCCCCUCCGGGAGAAGUUGGGGGUGGGAGGGAGUGAACUGCAAGCCAGAGCCAGGGUGUGUCCCAGCCAGAGCCAGUCUCCCUUUGAGGGGGCAGGGACUACAGGGGACCAUCCAACCUGCUGGCUGAAGUGACGUGGCCUCUGGGCAGCCUCUCUGCUGGUCACAGAGAGCUUCGUGCCCCUGGAUGGCCUCUGGGCAGCGUUGUUAGUUAAGCAAAGAUAGGAGAAGGGGCAGGCCCCAUAGCCCCUUGCUGGCCCCAGUGCCCUGGAGCAGGACAAGCGGCCCUUGGGUCAACCAGCCAGCUGAUCGCUUGCACCCCUGGUAUAGACUGGCCCAGCGCUCCCUGGACCCACCCAUGUCCAGAAGUACUAGACAACCAGAGUGAGCUUUGGGGUGUGGGGCUGGGAGACAGGGGUGGUGGGUGUAAAUAAUAAUAUUUAUCUUUUCAACCAGCAUCUGUGAGGUUCAGGACUGUGCCGGGGCUGGGUGGCGAGUGCCUGGGGGACGGGGAGGCCACCUUCCGUGCUCAGGGCCACAGUGGGUCAGGGAACCUGGUGGCGCUCCCGCACCGUCCAGGGUGGGUGCGUGGUGAGCCCUGCGAGCCAGUUGUGGGCUGAGGAGGACGGGUGGGUCCUGCCGGGUCCUGUUGUCACCCAGGUGACAAGGACAGCUUUGUAAGGGGGUGAGUGAUGGGGGCAGAGGAUGGCACGGGCAGGGCACAGCUGGAGCAGAGGUGGCAAGGGGACCAGGGAGGAGUGUCCAGGCCCCAGGGGAGGAGCU